AUGGCUGCCAUCACCGCCCCCAAGGACCAGCCCAAGUCGGGCUUUGCCCUCUACAGCCGCUUCGCCUUCGCUGGUGCCGUGUGCUGCAGUGUCACCCACGGUGCUGUCACUCCUCUUGAUGUCGUCAAGACCCGUAUCCAGCUCGACCCGGUGACCUACAACCGUGGUAUGAUCGGUGGUUUCCGCCAGGUCAUCCAGAACGAGGGUGCUGGCGCCCUCCUGACCGGUCUCGGUCCCACCGCGGCUGGUUACUUCCUCCAGGGUGCCUUCAAGUUCGGUGGUUACGAGUUCUUCAAGCAGCAGGCCAUCAACCAGCUCGGUCUUGAGACUGCCACCAACAACCGCACUGCCGUCUACCUCGCCUCCUCCGCCUGCGCCGAGUUCAUGGCCGACAUUGCCCUUUGCCCCCUGGAGGCCACCCGUAUCCGUCUCGUCUCCCAGCCCAGCUUUGCCAACGGUCUCUUCGGUGGUUUCAGCCGCAUCAUGAAGGAGGAGGGUAUCGCCGGUUUCUACUCUGGAUUCGGACCCAUCCUGUUCAAGCAGGUCCCCUACACGAUGGCCAAGUUCGUCGUCUUCGAGAAGGUCUCUGAGGCCGUCUACGCUCAGGUCGACAAGAACAGCCUCUCCGACGGUGCCAAGACCGGUAUCAACUUGGGUUCCGGUCUCGUUGCCGGUCUCGCCGCCGCCGUUGUCUCUCAGCCCGCCGACACCAUGCUCUCCAAGAUCAACAAGACCCAGGGUGCUCCCGGUGAGGGUACCAUCUCUCGUCUGAUCAAGAUCGGCAAGGAGCUCGGUCUCCGUGGCUCCUACUCCGGUAUCGGUGCCCGUCUGUUCAUGGUUGGUUCCCUGACCGCCGGUCAGUUCGCCAUCUACGGUGACAUCAAGCGUGUCCUCGGUGCCACCGGUGGUGUCGAGAUUGGCAAAUAA